AUGAAUCUCCGUCAGGCGCAGCGCUCCCUCGCCAAUCUGAUUGUCAAGUGCGAAGUUGCACGUAUUCAACUUCCUCAGAAUGCUCUCGAGGCGCGAGCUGAGGCCGUGGAAGCCAUUAUCCACUCGUUGAAGAAUGAUAAGCCGAACUUGAACGAUGCGCAAGAUGAACUCCUGCAAAAAUUCGGAAUCCAGCUUGAGUGGCAGCAGCGGCAGAAGAAAGAAGAAGCUACGAUGCAGCGUCACUUUCAACCUCUGCAGAAAGACACGCGGGUGUAUCGAGGAAAGAGAGAUAUCAAACUUGUUCAGGUAGCGUCAAGCCGCGAUGAUGGCAUAUUCGAAGAAGCUCACUUGUCCAGCGCUUUGGAUGAAAGCACAACGGCCAAUCUAAAGCGGUCAGCUUCGAGCCAGGACUUGGGUGAAAGAGCGUCAAGUGAAGUAGCAGUUUCCAAGAAGGUAAAAAGAUCCCGGGAGAUAGGUUCGAUGGUCACAGAGAAGCCCGCACCUUCUAGCCCACGGUCAACUUCUAGCAGCAACUACCACAGCGACAGUAUCUUGUCUGGAAGUCCUGGACAAGACAUGGCAUACCUACUGGAAGAGUUGGAUGAAGUUGCAGGUGACGGGAACUUGCAAGUUGCUUCCCCUUGA